UCACACUACCCAUUCGCGUCGUUUUGAGACGUCCUCGUGUGUAUCAUAAAAAAAUCUCGCGCUGCUAGGUCGCGCAUGCGUAGAGGUAUUUUUAUGAUAUAGGUUAGGUAGGUGUCGUGUCGUGUUUGUGUGCUCUGCACGUUGAAAGUGGCGUUAGUUUGUUUGUGGAGGUUAUUUUUAGUCAUUUCUUGGAUAUUUUAAAAUAAUUCAAAAUGUGCGGCAUUUGGGGAACGUUUGGAAUCGAAGGAGCAGUAAGCAAGACGUGUACUGACUGCUUUUGUCAAAUCGAACACAGAGGACCUGAUGCUUGGCGUAUUGAACAAGACGCCAGGGAACCCCGAGUCGUACUUGGUUUUCGAAGACUUGCAAUCGUUGAUGGGUUGCACGGCAUGCAGCCGAUGCGUUUGCAUACUUUCCCUCGCACGUCCCUUCUUUGCAAUGGCGAAAUAUACAAUUGCAAACGUCUUCAAACUCAAUAUCAAUUUCCUUAUGAGACAAACUGUGAUGUAGAAGCCAUAAUACAUUUAUAUCAUAAAUUUGGCAUCGCUGAAACAAUAAAGCAGUUAGACGGCGUAUUCGCAAUCUGCUUGGUAGAUGGCGAAAAGAAAAAAGUAUAUUUUGCCCGUGACCCAUAUGGCGUUCGGCCACUAUUCAAAUUACAAGAUGACGAACUUGGUUACGUUGGUGUAUGCUCUGAAGGCAAGGGUUUGAUGGGUCUAAAACUUAAAUCAAGUAAAUCCUCUACCUUGAAGCAGUUUCCACCAGGAUACUUUGAACAAUGGAGUAUAUUGGAAAAUGGAAAGAUGAAACUUGAUUACACAGAGCAAUAUUUUAAGCCUGGUAUGCCACCGAAAUUUGAGCCUUUUGUUUCAGACAAUGUGCUAGCAGGCAUGGACUUGAAAGAAAAAACUGCUCGUUUAUUAGAAGCUUCGUGCCGAAAAAGGUUAAUGGCGGACCGAAGAAUAGGUUGCCUCCUUAGCGGAGGACUCGAUUCAUCCCUUGUUGCGGCCCUUGUUGUCAAACUAGCCAAGGAAGAAAAAUUACCAUAUAAAAUUCAAACGUUCGCUAUUGGUAUGGGCGACUCUCCUGAUCUGAUUGCUGCUCGGAAAGUGGCGGAAUAUCUUCAGACUGAACACCAUGAAGUCAGAUUUGACGAAAAUGAUAUAAAGGCGGAAUUAGACAACGUUAUUUAUCACUUGGAAACUUUUGAUAUUACAACGAUACGUGCUAGUAUUCCCAUGUUUCUUUUGGCUAAAUAUAUAAAAAAUAAUACAGAUUCGACGGUUAUAUUUAGUGGAGAGGGAGCUGACGAAUUAGCGCAGGGUUAUAUCUACUUUAGAGAUGCUCCUUCGGAAGCAGCAGGUCAUGAAGAAAGUAUUCGUCUUUUAUCAGAUAUAUACUUAUACGAUGGAUUGAGAGCUGACCGAACAACUAGUGCAUUUAGCUUAGAACUUCGUGUCCCAUUUUUGGAUAUUCAAUUUACACAUCAUUAUUUAGCCGUUGACCCUAAAUUGCGUCAACCUCAAGACGGCGUAGAAAAAUAUUUGCUUAGAAGCAGUUUUGACAACAGUGGUCUUUUGCCGAGUGCUAUUCUGUGGCGUCAUAAGGAGGCCUUUAGUGAUGGUGUUGCAUCUAUUAAAAAAUCGUUAUUCACUAUAAUAUCGGAAAUAAUUUCAGAGAGAUUACAAGACGAGAAUAUAAAAUAUGAAGGCUUACAGCCUACCACGAAGGAAUCAAAAUACUACAGAUAUAUUUUUGAGAAAACUUACCCUGGCCAACAUUGUUUUACGCCGUAUUACUGGAUGCCGAAAUGGGUACAAGUGUCCGAUCCAUCAGCAAGAUUCAUCAAACACUAUGCAGCUUCUUCAACGAUAGAUAACUAAGUGUUAUAAUGUUUAUUAUAAGUUAAUUACAACAUUCCCAUCAGUAAGUUGUAAGUUCGUUAUUCGUUUCCAAAGUUUAAGAUGAUACUUAUUUCCUACGUAUUGACGUCAUACCUUUACAUUAUUUGUUUAUCUACGGUGUUAAUUGCAGCAUUGUUAUAGCAAAGCCAUUUACAUGGUUGUAUUACCUAAGUACAUUUUAUAUCUGCAUGUUGGUUUUUAAUUUGUCUUUGCGAAUCUCUGUGUAAUUAAGAUAUUUAUUUAACUUUCAAAAUAAUAA